CCUUAAGAGGGUUAAUGUGGUUUUUCACUAGAUAAUUUCAUUUGUAUUUAAUUCCUUUACAAUUUUUAUAAUAUUAAUAUAUAACUAAAUAAUUAUAGUUACAUAUACUCCAUCGGAGUGAUGAUUGCAACUUGAAACAUAACCAAUUGGAGUUUUAGCACUAUAAAUUGGGAGACCCGUUUGAAAGCUUUCAUUCUCAUUUUGUCGAACACGUCCUCAUCCAUUUUUUCAUAAGAGCAAAAGCUCAAGAAUUUGCGUCGACAAUGGUCACCAAAAUUUACAUAGUGUACUAUUCUAUGUAUGGACAUGUGGAGAAACUAGCUGAAGAGAUAAAGAAGGGAGCUGCAUCUGUUGAAGGAGUAGAAGCCCAGCUAUGGCAGGUCCCGGAAACACUAUCUGAUGAAGUUCUCACAAAAAUGAGUGUGCCUCCAAAGAGUGAUGUGCCCAUUAUCACUCCUAAUCAACUCUCCGAGGCUGACGGUUUCAUAUUCGGCUUCCCUACAAGGUUCGGCAUGAUGGCUGCACAAUUCAAAGCAUUUUUUGAUGCUACUGGAGGCCUAUGGAAAGCACAGCAACUCGCUGGCAAGCCUGCUGGGAUCUUCUACAGCACUGGAUCUCAAGGCGGCGGCCAGGAAACUACAGCAUUGACUGCUAUCACUCAGCUUGUUCACCACGGCAUGAUCUUUGUUCCCAUCGGGUACACUUUUGGAGCUGGCAUGUUUGAAAUGGAGAAGGUGAAAGGUGGAAGCCCCUAUGGAGCUGGAACUUAUGCUGGUGAUGGUUUAAGAAACCCGUCCGAGAUUGAAUUGCAGCAGGCUUUUCACCAAGGGAAAUACAUUGCCACAAUUGCCAUGAAACUGAAGGGAGCUGCCUAAUCUCUCUUCCAGAUCAUGAUCAUUUCUUAUUUUGUCCAAGAUUCUACAUCUUUAUUUGCUGAGAUGCCAUUGUAUUUCUUGCUCUGCUACACAUGUUCUACUUCAUACCAAUAUCUAUGCCACUGUCCAAAAAGUUUGCCUACCUUAUAAAUUUGAACUAGCAUAUGGUGGUAUAUUUAUGUGUUCAAAA